UGGAGGAUAUUCCGCUGUAGUGUUAGACUAUGGUUUACCCGAUCUUUGCAGCAAAUCAGAAGCGAAUUAGAAUUACGAAUGCAGUGCAUCUUUCGCCAAUUACGGGUAGAUCGAAGAACGUACAGCACUUCAACAGCCAAUCACAACACAGACCUUCAUGAGCCAUGCCAAUUAUUGCAUGGUCGAUUCAGAUAUCCGUCUUCAUUAUCGUAUAGCGAAGACAUAUUUCCUGACGAUUACGCUACUACGACUGUUUCGUGGCCAGAAUAGUUAAGGUAAAUUUGAACUCAGUGAACAGGACGGACCAAAAUAUAUUUCGCUAAAGCUUUGUUUAACAUACCUGUCUUAUACUAUGAACAGAACUCCAGGUGUUCCUCAAGUCAUGAUUGACACAGAGGUCUGGGUACCAUUUGACCGUGAAGAGCCUGUGAAGAGUCAAAAGAUGGUUGACGUCGGAUCAUUAGGAAUCACGGGAAGACAAGGUUGGUAUACAACCGCUGAUUUUGCAGACCGUGUGUGGACUGUUCAUCAUCAGCCUGCUGACCACUGGAGAGCCCUACAGUUGCCUGUAGUACUGCAGCAACUGUCCCUUGCCUCGAAAUUGGUCACGUGUCAAGCCUGCAUAGAACACGAGUUUAACCCUCCGCAGUGUUCUCAACAAAACCAUACCGGAGCGAGAUGUGUUGCUUUGCUGGCUGGACAUAAAGAUAACGCCAGCGAGGUUUUGGUCGAGGGCCAGAUUACAAGUCUUCAUUUGAACGUGUCUAUGACAUGGCUCGGGAAGAGCCUGGACGCCAAGGUUUUAGAGAACGAAGCAAAGGGGAAACCAUUGCUAUUUUACGCCUGGGACCCAGACCCUUUAACAACUUCGGACAAGUUCAGGAGGAUUACCUUCCCUGACUGCAGUUUUCCUUGGAAUGAUAUGAUGAAAAAUCUCACGAGUGAAACCUGUAGAGGGUGCGAUUUUCCCAUGUACGAUCUGCGUAAGUUUGUGUGGAAAGAAAUACAGAACCGCUACAAAGAUAUCUACGGACUGGUAAGGGCCAUCACUCUUACAAGAGAACACAUCGCUGAUAUACUUCAACAAAUCAACAUAACUCGAAACAAUACGUCGAUAAACGAUUCCGUCUGCCAUUGGCUAAAUAAGUCACGUGACGUUUGGUUGCCAUGGAUACAAGCAGAAACUAGCGUCAAGAGAACUGUGCUAAUUGGAGGGAUGUUUCCAAGCCUCGUGGAACCCAAAGCAAUUUGGUCAAGUCCUGGAGUUGAAGUCGGAGCCCAAUUGGCUGUAAAGGAGAUUAACAAAGAUAUAAAUAUUUUGAAUCGUUGCAGGCUUGAGUUGCUCGUUGCUCCAACUCAGUGUAGAAGGGAACUCGUUAUUCCAGCUUAUGUGAGAUAUCUUAAUCGUGACGAGUCACAAAAGGUAAUUGGUAUUGUAGGUCCUGCAUGCAGCAAAGCCACACUUCCAAUCGCCGAAGUGUCGCGAUUCCACAACACGAUUCUAAUGGGUUACGGAGCUGAUGACGUGUCGCUGUCUGAUAGGACGCGAUUUCCGCUGUUUUUCCGAACGAAUCCGAGCAUCGACGAGUUUAAGUUAGCAUAUUUGUCGGUCUUUCGCGCGUUUAAAUGGAAACACUGCGCGAUUUUGCGCGAAGCAAAGUACCCAGUUAACACAGUCAGAUCUCGCACCGAAUUUCUGACUAAACAUGGAAUUCAAGUGCUGUCACGUGAGAUGCCGUCCGAUGGGGACCUGGAUGCUAAAACGUACGUCAAUAGUGUCGCAGAGAGUAAAGUGACAGUGAUUAUUCUGGAUGCUUACCCAGCAGCCACCAGGGCAGUCACUUGCCAAGCUUACAAAGAGGAACUUACCCCUGAUAAAGGUUACGUGUGGUUCUUACUGGACUGGCUUGACGCUGAUUGGUGGAAUGUGGAUUUCUAUAAUAGCAACAAGCACGCGGCACCGGAAACCGUUCCUUGUUCCACCGCUGAACUGAAGUCGUUCGCCGAGCAAGGCUACUUCACUCUGUCAUCUCCUUUCUUCGGAGAUGACGGACAAAGCGUCUUGGGAGGAGGAACUGUCCAGGAGUGGAAGGAGAUUUACCUGUCAACUGUAAAAAAGGAGGUGAGUNAGUUUCUUUGCCAAUUUCAACGCUAUUACAUUUUCAACGUUGUGACAGUUUAA